GCCAGCGAUUACAGCAGUCUUGUUGCGUACGAUGAGGGAAGUACUGGCUUGCCACCACUCUCCACCGUCUGGCACCCACCUUCAACACCGCCGCGCGAAGCUUCUCGUCCUAUAGAGGGUGGGGCGUUAGUCUCGUCAUGUCAGAGGGGGGUACAUGUCCAAUAUGGUUACUUCGUCCUGGGUCCACUUGCGCGCCGUCAUCGUGGAUGUCAAAUGACAGAAUCCAUGCCCAUUCCCAACGGAAACUCGACUUUCGUGAUGGAAUCCGACAAGAUGAUUGAGAAAUUGAUCUGAUUGGUAGUUCCAUAAUUAUCCCAUCUCACGAUGGCGCGGCGGUGAGUCGGAACCUGCGACGGAUUGACGCGGACUCAUGCCAUUAUAGGGAGCUCUGUUCCCUUUGCCAGAACACUUACGCGUCAGGCGUCGAGCCAGCGACUGGCAAUGAAAUAUGGCUCGCUCGAAAGAUGUUCCGAGAGCGAUGUCAUGGGAAUGCUGCGAUUCACCAAGGCCUCCAGCUAUUCUCCGACCUCUUGGACGACCCGGAAGCCAUUCAACAGAUGCAAGUAGUGCAGGUCUGCGUGUUUUGCGCUCAGUUUAUUGCAUCCAAUGCCCUAAAAGACCUCAAGAAGAUCGAUGAUACCAGGCACGUCCUCUUGGCGCACUCUACGACCCGCCACGCACAUUCCGCCAGUCUCGUCAUUCAACAUCGUGCCGGUGAGUCAGCUCGUGCUUUCGGCGUCGCCUGCAUGCCGUGUGUAGGUACAAGUGUCGACGCAGACGCAGCUAUCUUGCGCUACCUCCCCAAUGAAAUGAACCGUGUGCUGACCAUUCGGCCGUCUACGACCUCUACCGCCACCAACGUCGUCAACUUAAAGCGCCAGCAACAAAGCGAGCUUCGGCAGUACUCACGCGUUUCCCGUGCGCUUCGCGACACCCAGCGCGACCAGAGGAGGCUGCAAGCGACUCACAAGCUCCAACCAUCAACUCCAUCUUUUCCCAUGAGUGAAUACACGACUGCACCGUCCUCCAUGACAUCACUUCCAUUUACAUCACCGACGAAGCCGCCUUCCGCAGCAAAGCACAGUAUGAUCGUCACCAAGAAGUUGGCGGGCGGCCGGUUCUCAAAGCAAGAACUAGUGUUCCCCACUAUACUGUAAUAUCAUGUCACUUCAACGA